UGGAUUCCGGGUUCAGAACAGCACAAUAGAAUGUACUCCGGGUGAAAAUGUCACAUUGGGUUUUUACCUUUUCGAAAGUAGUAAACACACCCCUUCAGUCACUGUACGCAUUUGCGAAUCUUCAAGGGUGUUAAAUAGGUCCACACAUUGCGAGUAUGAAUAUGCUUUAGCAAUUAUAGUUGUUGACUUGUCCUCAACUGAAUCAAAUCCUGCAAAAGUUACCUUUCAAUGCCCAGUAGCUCGUGACAAGGUUGAAACUGGUGGCCUUUACUCUGUCUUAGUUGCACCAACAUUUAUUGAAGAUGAUCAUGUGCAUGUAACCAUUGUUAAAUAA